AGAGCGCAAAAGGCCCGCACGCACCUGUGUGUGCGCAGCGCCACCAAAGCGAGAGCCCCCUCCCCACUCCCGUCUCAAGCGCCGGUAAACUCCGUCUCCGCGCACGCCCCAAUCUCCAUUCCCCCGAAACCCUAGCCGGCCGCCCCGUUGGCCCCUUCCCGGUCGCGCCCUCGCCUCUCCAGUGUUCCGGCGGAAGCUAUAUCCUCUGCGCGGGGGCGGCGGCGGUGGCGAUGGCUUCUUCGAGGCACCAGGUCACCAUCACGCUAGGCCGCAGCGGUCAGGUUGUCAAAAGGAGGGCUAUAUCUGAUAUUGGGAAUGAUGAUGAAGUGCCAUUCUCAGGGAAAAAGCGUUCUGUGAGGGAGAGAUUAGGAAGUAAUGUGGUUGAUUCUGAUUUUUAUGAAAGCCAGCAGAGAAACAAAAGGCGACAUACAGAAAGCAAUAGCUCACAUGGAGAUGGUGGUUCAGAUCGCCAGGUUGGCAAGGAUGAUCUGAGACUGAAACUUAUGAAGAGGAAAGGCUUGUUACAGAGGAGCAAUGUUGGUGCAGAACAGAAUGGAACAGAUCUUCGUGAAAAGCUUUCCCGAAAUCCUAAGAAUAUACCGAGAUAUGAUCCAAGAGGCCAUGCUCCAGAUUCAAGGGCUAGGUAUGGUACGAGAGACAAGGUCCCAGAAUUAAGGUCUACAUAUUCUUCGAGGGAGGGUGUCCCAGAGCUAAGGCCCUCUGCGGUUGUUGUAGGCCGAAUUCCUUCUGCAAGAAGUGUGGAUGAUUUGUUAAAGUUAAACUCUUCAAGGAAACCUUACUCGUCAUGGACAGCUGAUGGCUCGAGGCACAGAUCACCCGAAAGGCUUACAAGUGUUCGGGGUGAUGCGUCUCCACCAAGAACCUACGAUCAGAUUCGACCUAUGCCACCCCUUAGAUCUGUCGGUACCUCAAGAGCUCCAACUCUUACCACAAGAGAUGCCCCUGACACAUUAAGAACUCAACCAUACGCUGGCCAACCCACCAUUUUAGUUGAUACAGUACAGAGAGCUAAUGGAAUCACUCCAUCCAGUGCAGCUCUGUCUACAGCAGCCCCUGUCGUGACAGAAGUUCCACUAACGGUUACCGGGUUGCUGAAUUCUUUGGGACUCGAGAAGUAUGUCAUUCUCUUUCAGGCUGAGGAGGUGGAUAUGGCUGCAUUGAGGCAAAUGGGAGAAAGCGACCUCAAAGACAUGGGGGUACCAAUGGGCCCGAGGAAGAAGAUCCUACUUGCAGUAGGUCCUCAUCGGAAACAACGGCAAAGAUGAGCCACAUGGUCUGGGACUGGGAACAUUAGUUGGCAACUGCAAUUGUUGGUGUAAGAAUGCUUUAUUGCAGAUCUUGUAUAUCCUCAGUGGUUGUCUUAGUUCUCCUUUUUAUUGCUGGUGGUUGCCUUUCUUGACGCGUGUAAAGUCCUAUUUGUCAGCUGAUAAUCCCAAUUCUAUCAUUCACGAUCUGCUGCCCCUCUGUUAUUGUUAUGAGUAACCGGUGGAUACAUAUGGUUUGCUACCUUACCUGUCUGGAAUUUGGUGGGGUUAUAUGAAGAUGGCCACUGAUCGUAGUUCAUCAUUUA